GCUCCGGCUCCUAUGUUUCCGUGCACUAUCUGCUUGAAAAAAAGUGAAAAUAGUUCGGGUCGGGGCCGCAUACACACCGGAGGCGGAUCAACUGCUGCCUGAAUGCUAUUGUGGACUAACUACUGUCCAGCUCUUCAAAGUAAUAUGUUACAGAAAAAUAUUACACCUGCAAUGGUGCCACAUGCAGAAUGUGGAGCUCCUGGGUGUUCACAGACCUCUGGUGUGGCCAUGUGCUUUGAAGACUCGGACAGUGAUGUACAAGGCACUGGCCCAUCAAUUCCUGCAAAGGUUGAGAUGAUCAUUGACAGCCUGAGAAGCUCCCUGUCCUCCCAGGACGCUGUCAAGGGGAAUGAAGGACCAGGGCCAGCUAGUCACACUCUGCACAGGGCGGCAUCUAUGGUUGAGCUAAAUGAUGUUAAAGCAGAGGAGCAUAGCCAGCACUCAGACAGCAGUGAUUCGGUGGACAGAGAAAUUGAGGAAGCUAUUCAAGAAUACUUGAAGGAAAAGUAUGAUAAGAAUAGAAUGGCAGCUGUUGAUUUGGUGCAGGGGUCCAAAAAACUCAGUAGAAAAAAAGUGAAGCGUGAACUCAAGCCAAAUAGCAAUGCAAGCCUCGCUGCAAACAACAAAGUCCGGAAAACGAGGGAUGUGGAUAAUAAAUGCGUUGGGAUUAAAAGAUUUUCUGAGCAUCGUUUGUUAAAUAAAAACAAAGGACUCGGUAGGGGUUUGGUCCACAAAUGUUGCUCUUCUCUAGAAAUGACUAAACGUCCUGCAAACUCAGGUUUUCAUUCUCACCAGGAAAAAUAUUUGUUUUGCUCCUUUGACAAUGAUGGCAUUGAAGAGGAAACUCAGAGAUAUCAAGCUUGGGAAAAUAAGGCAGUGGUUUCACAUGGUACCUUUAAAUCUUUAGAGUUAAAGGAAGAAUCUGACUUCAGCACUGAUGAUGGGAUUGAAGAGGCGAUUCAGAGAUACAAGCCGGAGAAACAAAACCAGAAUGCCAAAGUUUCACAGACACUCUGUAAACCCUUAGAACUAAAAGAAGACUCUGAGUCUAGCAGUGAUGAUGGGAUUGAAGAGGCGAUUCAGAGGUACAAGCUGGAGAAACAAAACCAGAAAGACAUAGGUUCACAGACACUCUGUAAACCCUUAGAACUAAAAGAAGACUCUGAGUCUAGUAGUGAUGAUGGGAUUGAAGAGGCGAUUCAGAGGUACAAGCUGGAGAAACAAAACCAGGAAGACAUAGGUUCACAGACACUCUGUAAACCCUUAGAAGAGACUGACUCCAGCAGUGAUGAUGGGAUUGAAGAGGCAAUUCAGAGGUACAAGCUGGAGAAACAAAAGGAGAAGGCCGAACACUCUCAGAUAUUUUCUAGCUCUCUGCAGCUCGGGAAAAACCCUGUAGAAGCCAUUCAUCAUUUCAAGUUAAAGAACCAGAAAAUGAACCAGAAAAGGGUAACAGAGAAACACAAGUUCUCUAAAAAGAAAAACACGCAAAAGAACAAAGAACAAAUGCCUAUUAGUUUUAGGACAGAUCAGUUCACAGGCUCUGAAACCCAGAUGGUUUUAAAGAAAUGCUCAUCAAAGAAGAGAAUGGAAGAUCUGACGACUGUUCCAGUUACACCAGUAGUCUCCUGUCCCAGUCAAAAUAUGCCACUGAGCAGAUGUAAUAUUAAUAACAACAGUGUUUCUUCAACCAGAAAUGUCCCACCAGUGAAGUCACAGAUUGUAGCAUCCGUUAAUGUGAAUACUUCUUCUGGGUUAAUAGGUGCCAAGGCCAUUCUAGACACUUCCAAAACCAUCAUGCCAGCAACCAUGAAUCACAUGGUGACAUUAUCCACCAGCUCUGUUUACCGAUUGUCAUUCUUGAGUAGGGAUUCCAUAAAUAGCCACGAUAACAAUAACAAUAGCUCAUUGGACAGAGGUGAUAAUGCUGCAAAGGAAGUCAGUGAAUUACAUGAAUCUGAUGUAGGAACUCAGAAGCAGUCAUGUGAAAGAACACUGUCUUCAAGCAAAAAAGGAGCCAUUCCCGAGCAACAAAACAAGGCCAACCUUUCCCAUAAUAAGAAGAUGCGACUCUCCUUGUCUCGGAAAAGGAAAAUGAAAAAGGAUUUUCAUAUGGAACAAAGAUCUCAGCACAUGAGUUUGGUGCUUGGACACACAAACAAUGGUUCGCUGACCAGCAUAUCAACAAGUUCAUCAAAUACCCUUGAAGAUUUUGGUUUGAAGCACACUGCAAAUACGGAAGAAGGCGUGAAAAAAAAUGGGAAAAAGGACUCACUACACAUGAAAGAGAAUACUCAAAAAAUAUCAAAAUCUCACAAAGAAGACUGUGCAGUUUUGAACAAAUCAGGCAUAAUUUCAUACAGAAGGGAAGACACUGGAGAACUGGAUGAAGAUAAGAGCAGUUCACUGGAAAGUGAUGAAGAACUUCACACAGCAAUUAAAGACUUGCUAAAAAGUAAAAAGAAGGCAAUGGAUACAGGGCUGAAAUCCAAAAAGAGUGUUAGUUUUGGAACUGUGCAGUUAUGCCGUUCGGAUGGAAAUAUAUCAGAUGAAGGAACCCCUGCUGAAUCAAAUACGAGAUAUUUUGAGCCAGCCAAGAGCUGCAUUUCAAAAAAUGUCAAAUUGGCAAGAAAACAGAAACUGAUAAGUAACAGACGUUUAAAACGGAAAAUGAAUCAAGGCAGCAUUGAGAGGCUGGAUGGUGAGAUGAUCACAGAAAAGGAAGUGCAGACUGGUACCACAAUGUAUGGUACAGCAAGUAGCAAUCAGGACAUAGAGAAAGACUGCAAGUCUUUAGACAGUGACGACAGAAUGGAGCAUGAUAUCAGCGGGCUCUUAGUGAAGAAAGAGAGAAUUUCCAAAGAAAUAACAAAAGUUGUGGAACCAUACAGGAUUAGCACUAGACUUUUUGCUCAUUCACUGGCAGCCAAGGAAUUACAUCUAGAAUCUCAGCUGCCAGAUUCUCAAGGAAGUGCUAAAGUUCAGUGCUCAACUGAAGCCCAGAACUCAAUUGCUACAUCUCAGUACUUCUCUGUAACAGAACAGCCAGUGAGUGUGGAAGAAAGGGUUCCUCAGAAUAUGUCCGUAGAUCUGCGGGGACGCUCUAAGUUUUGGACUAAUAAUAAUUCAUAUGUAAAGACAGAAGCGACUGAGCACACAUUUAAAAAUGACCAGCCGAAUGAGGCGAUUGAGCUUAAACCAGAAAGGACUGUAAAGAGGAGCCCGUUGGUCCCCAGUGCAGUGAAGGGAAAUAACAAAUUGGCUGAAAGCAAGUGUUUGAGUAGUGCAGUAGCUGAGAAGACGCUGCCACAGUCACACGACCAGAAUCUUUUCCAUACAGAUUCUCUUAACUCCAUCGAUGCUGAAGAGAUACAGUUGACAAAUGCUUCUGACUCCCCAGCUCAGUCUGACAUAAAUAACUGCAAUUCAAACAAUCUGGUAAACACUUGCCACCACCCUCAGGAUGCCCCAGCUGAUGCCAGUUCCCAACUGCCAGCCUUUAAUCCACCUACACAUCUGGACAGAUGCCUGGGUCAGAUGAGACAGGGCACCCAGGUUCAAGUGCCUGAUCCUACAUUGUUAAAAAAUGUGGUGCACGUUGUGGAGAAUCGGAGUAUGUCUGUGGAUUUGUCAACCCACGGGGCUAACAAUGUUCCUGCGAGGGACAGGGUGCUGGUCGUAGCAGAUGAGAGUGGGAAUCCAGAAAGAAAUGUGGAACAGAUGAAAGUAGAGGAGCAGAACAUGAUCUCUGAUGCUGAGACAGACUAUGUAGAUGAAACUGACAGCGAAUCAGAUGAGAGAAAGGAAGCUAGUCAGAGCUCAGGGGAGAAGAAAUUGAGGCAUAGAUUGUUUCUGACUACUGCCAUCGAUCCUGGAAUGAAGUUCACGACUUACAUCGCCUUAAAUACACUACAGAGGCAUGAAAAAUACAUUAAGGCCAGGACUCUUGCGUUUACAGCAGACCAGCAGACUGUUAAAAUGAAGUUACCUGCCGCCUGUGUCAAGCCAAAUACUGAAAAAGAGCAGCAAAAACACAAUGGUGGCAUGUCAGUUAAUGUGAAGACUUUCUAUGCAAAGACAGCUCCAUUGCAGAUUAACAAGGGACAACCUAUUAAAGGAAAACUCAGUUUCACAUCGAUUAACUGAAACCGUGAGUGACCAGCCAUGUUAUCCCAUUUAGUUGUUAGUUCCAUUGCAAUGUUGGUCAGUUUUGUAUUUGAGCAAUUGGCAAAGUUUCCUGCCUUAUUAAACUGAAAAAGAUAUUUAAAAUUUUAGGCAUUUGGUAUAUUUUUUGUUCACUAUCACAUUACGUAUUUUACAAUGCUUUUACUAACACUGUAUU